AUGCACAAAGAUGAGAAAAUUUUCGUUCCAACGAUGAUCUUCGGACACCUCUUGACGUCGAGUAACUACAACGACGAUGAGAAGAAGCACNGACACCUCUUGACUUCGAGUAACUACAACGACGAUGAGAAAAAGGUGGUCGGUGGCCGAAACGGCUACGGUGCCAAGCUGUGCAACAUCUUCAGCGAGAAGUUCAAAGUCGAGACUUCCAGCAAGGAGUUCAAGAAGGCCUUUUCUCAGGUGUGGACUGACAACAUGAGCAAGGCACACGAGGCAAAGGUGACCAGUGUAUCUGGGGAAGAUUUCACGCGAGUUACCUUCAAGCCUGACCUGUCAAAGUUUAAAAUGGAUACCCUCGACAAGGACAUAGUGGCGCUCUUUUCUCGCCGAGCCUUCGACGUGGCAGCCACCAGCAAAGGUGUGAAGGUCUUUUUGAAUGGCGACAGGCUUCCCGUGACCUGCUUCAAGGACUAUGUGAAUCUGUUUUUGAACAAGGGAGGCGGCGAGGACGGUGGAGCUCUCAAAGUCGCUCACGAAGUAGUCAAUGACCGUUGGGAGGUGGCCGUGGCGACCAGUGAGAAGGGCUUUCAGCAAAUCAGCUUUGUCAACAGCAUUGCCACCACUCGCGGCGGAAAGCACGUGGACCACUUUGUCGAGACGGUGGUCUCCCAGCUCACUGACCUGACUAAGAAGAAGUUGAACAAACAGGCUGCCAGCUUGAAGCCUCACCACGUCAAGAACCAAAUUUGGGUCUUUGUCAACUGCCUCAUCGAGAAUCCUACCUUUGACUCGCAGACCAAGGAGACGAUGACGCUGCAGGUGAAGAACUUUGGCAGCAAGUGCUCGGUGAGUCCAAAGUUUCUCAAGGCUCUCGGCGGCAUCGGUGCAGUGGAGAACAUUUGCGAGUGGGCCAAGUUCAAGGCGGACAGUGACCUAAAGAAGAAAGGCGGCAAGAAGGGUCGUGUUGUAGUUGAGAAGUACAUGGAAGCUAACUUGGUCCGGAAAAAGGGCCACUCUCACCUGUGCACCCUCAUCCUUACCGAAGGAGACUCGGCUAAAACCCUCGUACUCUCUGGACUCGGGAAAGACGGUCGCGACCGUUACGGCGUCUUUCCCCUGCGCGGCAAGCUGCUCAACGUUCGAGAGGCGACC